GGCUCCAAUGCAAAUAAAUUGGAUGUUUUGGGGAUUUGAAAUGGAUUCCAAACUUUUGGCUCCGCUGAAAGCCGCUCUUUGAGCCGUUACUCUGUUUCACGCUUCUAUCUCCGCCAUACCUUAUCAUCGUCCACAGCGGCAGCAGCUUCAUCAUUGUUUCUUGGAAUCUUCUAGAACAUCAACCAACUUAUGGAUAAUGAUCGCUUGAAAGUUAUGGAAAAGGAAGGAGUUGAGGAUCCAGGUGCUGGAGCAUCUAAUUCUUCUAUCCGAAAGUCAUCGCGUUUGCAAAGCAAUAAAAAUUUAUCAUCAGGCUCAAAAUACGUAUUCAAAUCUUACCGCAAUAAUUCCAAAAAUACAAAGAACUCUUCAAAACCAAGCCUAUGUAACGAAAAUUUGGUUCCCGAAGGCAAGAUACAGGAAGAAAAGAAGCAUCAAUUCUCACAAAGAGAUGAAAAUAACGGUGCAUUUUCAGCAAAUACCGUAUCCAUGAAAUCUUCUGCAGCAGUUCCAUCUUUCCAAUAUCACGUUGCAUCAAAAAAUGGGAUCGAUCUUGUCGUUGAUUUAAAUAUGAAGCGAUCCGAUUGGCUGAAAAGUAUGCAAAAAAAAGUUAGUGUAUCCCAAGAUCUUUCUAAGCCUGUGUUUGGAAGCUUCCGGAAAGAGGUCGAGUGUUUGAGCGAUAGGAAUAAGUUGAGUGACGUUAAAGUUAGUUCACCUGACAAAAAUUCUGCUUCGGAUGCCAGCAUAAGUUCUUGUGUAGAAAAUAAAAUUUCGGCUGGAUCAACGAGUAGAGAAAUCGAGAAAACGCUUCCUUCGGUUGUAGAAACGGAAGUGGUUACUGUAAGUGGUUCUAAACGGUGUUGGUCAAAGGUUGACCAGAAGUCAGAAGUUUUAGUUGGAAGUUCUGACAAUUCUGAGGAAGUCCAGUUGUCGGAUUUUUCAAGUCCGCAAAAAGGCUCGUUAUGUUCGAGAACUGGAAAAAUAUGUUCUGAAAAUUUGUUAAAUAGCACUAUCGAGGUUAAUCAAGAAGCUGGUGGUAUACACGAACAGUCAACCGCUAAAGAUGAGGAAAGAAUCAAGUCUGCAGAAGGAAUGGAAGUGUCAGGAAGAGAAGAGAAUGCAUUUGCUACACCCGCAUCUGAUGACGGGCCUAAGAGAAAGAAACGUAACUACAAAAGUGAUGACAUUCAUGGUCAAUCUCAUGAAAGAAUUUUAAGAAGCACACCGGUUUUUGGUGGGAAAAUUCAAGAGCGUGAUGGAGUUAGCGUUUGGCGUUCCUCACGUUUGCACCCUAAGUAAAGAAGCAGUACUACAGGAUACAUUUACAAUGGUUUUUACAGAUAUAGACUUAUGCUCCGGAACUAGGCUUGCAUAUUACUGCAGGCUGUUGGAUUACUGGAGUGAAUUAUUCAAUACAAGCUGCUUAACUUUUUUGAUUAUUUUCUUUUUAACAGCCAUAAUUACAUUUUUCAACACUUUUUCUUGUAAUCUGUUUUGAUGUACUAUUGGUACCUUUUCAACAUUAAUGUUUGGUUGGUUGGUAGGACUAGGAGGAUAAACUGAACACAUAUGAUCACUAUGAGAAUUACAUACACUCGUAUCCGGAUGUGAUUCGGAUAUAGAUAUUAUUCGACAUUGAUUCAAAUUCCUUGAACUUUAUAUUUUGGAAA